AUGGGAGAUAGCGGAGAUUGCAGUGACAACAGCGAGGGGGAGGACAAGUACUUUAUGUCUGAUGAGUCGGGUUCAGACGACGAGGGGAACGACCCGGCGCUCAAGAAACUUGAAUCGACCUUUGUUCCUGAGUGGGCUACGAACGAGGGCAUUGCGGCGGCUCUGGAGAGGCAGUACGGCGGUGACAAGCCCAUCAACCCCAACAAGAUCUUCGUAGACUUCUAUACGUGCAGCCUCGAGACCAUUUUCGACACCAACAAGAAGAAGUGGGACCGCAAGAGCACGGGCGACUGGAUGUCGGACAGGCUGACGAUCGCCGAGAAGCUGGCGUACGACAGGGCCAUGGGCUACGUGACCAUCAACAUCAAGGGCAGCGGAGACAGGAGGAGGAGCUCGAGGAGGAGCUCGAGGAGGGGGUCCAAGAAGGGCUCUUCGUCUUCUCAGGCCAGCAGCGCCAGCAGCUUCAACAACUCCCACAGGAACGAGUAGCGAGCGAGCGAGCGAGCAGCCUUGCUUGUCGUACCGGUUGUACCCUUUAUCGUCUGUCUUUUUAUCGCGGCUUGGUGGCGAGAGACUUGCUUGUAUUGUAGUCAUCAGCAGUAGGGUACUGUACCCUCUUUUAGCUAUUUUGGUAUUUAGGUGUUUUCCCUUUUGUCGCUGCUUUCUGGCGACAGAAUUGCCGGCCACUAGCAGCAGAAGCAGGGUAUCUGUAGUGUAGGGAAGCUAUUGUAGAUAGCUCCAGGACAAUGGAGCUCGCGCAACAUUCACAUUCUGUGGAACGGUGCCUGAUGGAUUAGAGUAGUGCGUUAGGUCGUGUUCUUUCUCAACUAGUUAUUGUCUGCGUUCCCCCCGUGGAGGGGGGCGGCAAGCGAAAAUUAUUGGUGGAUAUUGUUUUUGAAGAUUUCCCCCCUUUUUUCAUUCGAAUUUUUUUCUAAGAACCCGCCGUAUGGGCAAAGGGGGGGCGGAGGGGUUGUUGGGCAAGGCGGGGCCCUCAUAUUAUACGCUGUUUUUUUCUCCUUCCUCCGUGUAGUUCUUCGGCCACUUUCUUUUGUCUGUCGGGCAAAUGAGUUUCGUGCCGUGACAGAUAGAUCCAAUCUGAUUCAAAAUAACUGCCUUUUUGUUUGGUGUGCAGGUAGACAUAUAAGCACAGGAAUUUUCCAUAUAAGCAUCGGUAUUUUCGUUUCCAUCGAACACGAAACAGCAACACGCGAGCAUGCACGUAGGCGUUGUUUUGAGAGCUUGCGGCUGUGAAUAAUAUCUCACAGGUAGCAGCUGAAACCAAGCAAAGGUUUCGCGUAGUUAGUAGGCUAGAUCUUUGUCUGCAGCAUGGUGAUAAAGAUAUGCUCUCUGGCGUGUGUCAUUGUCACACACAGCAAGAGGAGAGCGAUUGCGCAGUGAAUGAAUAAUUAGCAUGGGCAAUAUUGGCCGCAUCGUAGAUAUUGCUUCUAUUGCGAACCACGGUACAACUGUCCAGCGCUAGCUUUAAUUAUUUGUUUUGCCAUUCCUUUCUUUUUCGGUUCACGAUGACCUUGCUGAGGCCCGGGCGUGGACAUGGGUUACCCUCAUUUGGCAUUUCGAUGUUGGUCUCAUUCGUUUGUUCCCUGCAGCCACUCCGACGAAGCGCGCGUACAGCGAUGAAUUGGAUGAUUUUACUCGGAAACACAAAACAGACGGUGCAGGCAGCGGUUUCGCAUUCAUCCAUCCAUUCAUUCAUUCUUAGCAGCCGAACUUCCCCCAUGAGUUGAAUGGAUGCACGCACCAUCAUAUCCCUGUCCGAAGCUCUGGACUCGGCAGACAUGAGAUAUCGGGAAACGCAUUGUCGGAUACUUUAUGUUUUCCUUCCACGUCUCGAAAAUGACGUUGGGCGCCCCCCGCUUCGCGUGGGGAACACCGAACCCCCGUUGAUGUUGGCGGGGGAAGAUGCAGCUUCAUGUGGAUCCCCUGCUAAGUUUUUGUUGUUCUUGUAAGUUUAAGGAAGGACUUUCUUGUGGUUGUUAUAUCACAGGGGGGGACGAGGAUAAACUCAAUCCUGUGCUGUGACUGUGAGAUAGGUCCUACAUGGCGCGUCAGGAAACCAUGCAGACUACGUGUGUGCUGUCGAAUAUUGGCGCAGAUUGAGGGUGUGUUGGCGCCCAGAGUCGAUGGAACGAAACCAAAGACAAGACCAGACAAGGCAAGAUGUUCAAUGACACUGCCCGCCUGCCGCGUUGACCAUUAUGACGUGUUAACGUGUUGGCAUGACAUGGUUCCCCUUUGGGCUAUCAUGCACAUUUGGUUGAUGCGGCAACAUCCCUGCCGGGUGCGUAACGGUCGAGGCAUGAUUGAUAGGAAAUUAAUCGUCGUUGAUUUUCAAUCCCUAAACGUUUGAAAUGCAUGGGACUCCAGUCCCCCGACCGACCCUUCUUUGUGUACCACGAAACAACUCCAAAUCAAAGCACAUCCUUUCAUUCGUUGCCAGCACCAGCGAUACUGCAUAUACAUAUUUUGGUACUUCCGGCCUUUGCCACCGGCCGGCCAUAAAGAGCAUUGCGUACUGUACAAGACCGAAAAAACUAUCAAAAAUUCACGAUUCCAACCGGCGAUGCACACACGGACCCUAUUCUCGAAUCUACCAGAUAUACAUACCACGCGAACAAACAGAGCUCCAACCACUGACUGCGCGAUAUACGUCCCGACAAUACAAGGCUCGACGAGACAUCACAUGUCGCGCGAAACGUCGAAAACGAAAAAAUUGAUCCAACCCCCAAACGUAUUGCACCGCUAGCAUGAAGAGCACACGCUGCUGAUGAAGGCUCCAACUUCCCGCACUGAAAAAUGUACCAUACAAUAUGGUACCCCUACUAUACAGCCCCA